AUGGCUAUGGCCUCCGUGCUUGUAGUGUUCGCAUGCGCGCAGCAUGUGGUGCAGGCAGAAGAGGCACAGCUGCCGCAGAAGGACUUCCAGAAAGAGACGCCGCCCGCGUUCCUCAGCGUGUCUGAUGAAGUGACGUCCUGCAAGACAGACGACGUGUGUGAGCAAAUCUGCGAGACGGAUUUCAUGGUGUACCCGCUCGGGGAGAAGUGCUACAAGUACUGCCACGAGGACAUCCACUACAUCUGGGAUGUUUUCGACAGCUACUGUGGAGAGGGCGACCGUCAAGCGGGCGACCUUGAUCAGCAUCAUUUCUGCGCAGACCUCUGCUACGAUGGCUUCUACUGUGGGGAUUCAACAUGUGGACCGUGCGAGGACAAGUGCGUGGAGUCGUUCGGCCUGGUCCAGCAGAUCUUCGACAACUGUGCCGACUGUGACCACAUUGGGGGUGAUGACGAUGACUACAAGACCACGACGACCACGACCACCUUUGACAAGUGUGCCAGCGACGAUGCUGACAAGUGCUACGACAUGGAGUGCUGGUGCAAGGAGGUCUGUGACAUCGUGCAGUGCCCUCACUGUGAGGAGCUUUGCUUCCAAAACCAGGACAAGGUCAUGAUGACCUUCGACCGCUACUGUGAGUGCGGCUUCUGCGACGCUCCGGACGGAGAUGAUGCCGGGCUGCUCCAGUUCCGGCUUCACAGUGCCGCGUCUGAUGAGUCGAUGUGCAGCUGCCGAAGUGAGCAUCAGUACUGCAUCGACAUCUGCCACGACUUGGGUUAUCGUGGGGAAGGCUUGCACCGUUGCACGGACGAUUGCUACUCCAGUGGCAAGCUGGGAGGCCUCUUGGAGGGCUAUUGCCACGAGUGCCACGGCGAGUACUACGAGACCACAACGGAACCAGACACAACCACAACCACUUCCAAAGCAUACAAGACGACCACUCCUGAGUACUACAAGUCGACCACACCUGCGCCGACCACGGCUCCGUACUAUGAGUCCACUACACCUGAGUACUACAAGCCAACCACGGAGUACUACGAGACGACCACGCCUGAGUACUACGAGUCGACGACGCCACAGUACUACGAUACGACCGAGCCGUACUACGACACGACCAAGCCGUCACACUACUACGGUGCAAACGUUCCGUACUACUGGAAGAUCAAGGCAGCAAAAGCCAAGAUCUACGCCGCGAAGAAGUACUACUAUGCCAAGGGCAAGGCCGAGGCGUUCAAGUACACUCACCCGGAUUACUUUGGCAAGUACCCGAAGAAGGAGAUUCCUUACUACUGGAAGAUCAAGGCAGCAAAGGCAAAAGGCUACGCCAAGAAGGCGGAGUACGAAGCCAAGGCCAAAGCCGCGUACUUCAAGUACCGGCAUCCGGAGGUUUGGGGCUACGACUACAACAAGUACAAGAAGUGA